CAUACGGCGAGUACCUAUGCGAAAAUACGAAUUUGUGUUGAAUUCUUUAGCAGAAUAUCCGGCCACUGAUAGUGUCGUCUAUAGCAAAUUAUAGGAGCAUUUCAGAUCGCAAAGCGCUUCGAGGGGUUUCCCGCUACCCAGUGUCCAGCAAUAUUAUUGACGAUGAUGUAGAAAAGCGCAUGACCUGCAAUCGACAACAAUGGCGAAGCGAAAGUCUUACGGUGGUGAAGGCAGUCACUUAGGGAAGAAGCAAAAGACUGCCCAUGUGCACGAAGCCCCUACAUCUGAGGAGGUUUAUACUGGGAGACAACUUCGACAAUUGCUGGCCUUCGAACAGGACUUACGAAAAGCCAGGCAUGGCCUCCAAUCCCUGAAGAACGUGCUCGAUAGUAUCGUCAACAAUGAAGAUGGCAGCUCCGAAAAGCUGCAAAUGGUACUCGAAUUUCUAGAAUCGGUAAAGCCAAAAGAGAGCGAAGAUGAAGUUCCGAUAUACCUACCGGAUAUAAUGGAAACCUGGAGCAUGGCCGCGCAACUAAACAACGAGAAUGUUAUGUCUGCUGUUGCGGUUGUCCUCGCGCUCUUGCUUAAAAUCAUCUCCGGCAAAGUGGAACUGGUAUCUUACGGCCUAGGGAUAUGUCGAACUCUCCUCCAAAAAAGACAACAAGAGCUCAUCGCCAGGAAUCUGUCGGCCGAUAACGGAAAAGAUUUCAUAAUAUCCCCUACACUAAGACUGCUGAGGGAGGUUGUGUGCUUAGAUGGUGGUGCUUUGUCAGCCCCGACAUUCAGAGCUAGGAAUAAUACCUUCAAGUCGCUUGCGAGGAAUAUGGGUCUUCGAUAUUUGGGCGAAGGCAUAGAAGAUCCGAAACGACCGUCGGUCAGAACGAAUGCGAUACGUUUUCUUCUUAGUAGCCUCAAGCUUCUUCACUUCGAAGCGAAGCGUGACCUAUUAUCCCAAAAAGACAUCGUUGCCGCUCUCAUGAGGCAUAUUAGAAAAGACCCCCCUUCUUUAAUCCACGAAAUCCUAGACAUCCUAAGAGCUUCGGUUAUUACGGAUAAGAAGCUACCAAAGGAAAUCAAGAUCAGGAUUCUAAACGCUUAUUCGCUCAUACGAAUAGCAGAACUUUACGGCUACCCCGAAAUACCCGUUGAUGACGAGGAUGAAUCAGAGACCGAGCGCCCAUCCGUUGAAGAUUCGGCGCAUGCCUUUUUAAUUGCUGCGUGUACUGAUGCAAAUGCUGGCGUUCGACGGUCAGAACAUGGUUAUUAUCCUGAGGGCGUGGAUCCUGAUGCGGUACCUUCGGGAGUAAACGAAGAUCGGCCUGUGGAUUUUGGCAUCGACAGCAUUCCUUGGAUGAGCAAGUUCGAAAAUGACGUGCCGGUACGGAAUUCAUUAUUGGCAGAAUUUAUUCAGACAUUACGACCAUGGUCCAGUACAAAACAAAACGACCUACUAGUAGCAAUCUUCGAGAAUUCACCUGAAUUAAUCGCAAAUUACUUCUGUCAUAAAAAGUCAUUCACAUUUGACCCAAAGUUAUCUGCCACAUGGAUUGGCUACGCUGCAUUGCUUUACAAUGUCGUUCAGCUGCCAAUUCCUGCUUGGUUUGGACAUGCCAAGGGUUACUCGAGAGUUCCCCCACCUACAUCUAUAGUACUCGGAAACUUGAUCCCAUUGCCCAUGACACCUAAGGCAUUAUCACGAUGCUUUUCUAUCAAGUCGAAAUUAGCAUCCUUCUAUGCUAUACGUCUUCUAAUCUUACUUCUAGAAAAGCUAGGGCGAGUUUUGGAGAUGUACCGAGAGGCAUCGACCUCAUCGGAUUCUCUUUGGGAAGAGGCCGCUCGCCGACUUCUUGACGAAUUUUACCAGAGGAUACCCGAUAUCAAGGAUAUUAUCAAAUGUUAUCUUUCCAUGAAUCCAAGCGAUUUGCUUCAACGGCAAGCUGCAAGCCGCUUGCUAUUGCUCUAUUACGAAGUAAUCCCGCAAGUUGCCUUACGGGCAAGAUUUGAUGUUUCCCCACAGUUACUUACUACCAUCAAAAAGAUUGAGACCUCUGAAAGUACCGAUGAGGACGUGGUCAUGUCUCUGUUGGAACUCGAGAAUCUUUGCGCGAUUGCGAAAUAUUCACCGAGCAUGCGGUGGUUUGCUCGAGCUUCUGACAUGCCCCACUCUCUUUUCACGACUCUUCUAAGAUUAUGCGUCGGGAAGACUAUGGGACUCUCUAAUGAGGGUCUUAAUAACGUUUUACAUUGGGUAGCCAGCGAGCACCAGUUAGUGGAGAACAGACAAAAUUCGCCAGAGCUAUAUCCUCUAAUUACCGCUUUACGCAGUCUCGAAAGUGUUGACAUGACGAUUUGGGCAUUUUUAGACAAUUGUGUUGAGCGUUGCGCCAGAACGCCGGUCAAGUACCUAGAGAUGAUUGAGGAACAGCUCGAAAAAGCGAAUGCCCCUGAUGAUAAGGACACUAUUACUUGUCCUCUCAUGAUGGCAAUUGCCGAGCAAAUUCCAUAUUUAGUUUCUUCGGCACCCAAUAAGAAUAUUCUCAAGGCAUUUGUCCAAUUCCUUUCCGAAUUUCUCGGCCAUUCGCGUGCUGCCGGUAUUAGCAAGCCUUUCUUAAAGGCCUCGAAAGAGCUCUUUGGUGUUGGCUUAGGGGAUCAAAAGCUUGGAGCGAAGUUGAAGAUCCUAGACAGGAAAAACCCUAUUCCGGAUGCGCAGAAUGGUGCUGGGCAAAACAACACUGUUGCCAGCGACGAACCAAACAAUGAAGUUACUAACGGGGUGGAUGGCAACUCGAUCUCGCAUAUCAGCCCUCAAGACUUAGAGGAAAGACUUUCGGUACCCAUUAUACCGAGCAAGGAUGGUUCAUUAUUAAAAUGGUCAUCUAAGACACCCGAAGAACUUGUCGAGGAAGGUUACGCAUCUUCUUUGAUACGAUUACUCUCCUCUGAGCAUUCGAGCAUUCGAAAAGAAGCUCUUACAAAUAUCGUCAAAAUGGCCACAAAGAUAAAGGAAUCGACAUACGAGAACAAUGAACAGGCCUGGCUCUUACUUAUGGAACUCACUGAAUCAGCACGAGACUCUGUUACGGAUCAACCUUUACCAUCUGUGAUUGUUGCGUUUGCCUGCAAGGCCCUUGAAGUUUUAGCGAACCCCCUGCAUUGUCUUUAUGAGAAGAUCAACCUGUUCCUCACCAAUGGACCGAUGUGGUCUCUGGAUAAGAUACCUCUCAUGCAAGGCAUUCUUCAGGAGGGCCCUACCGAGGACGGCGCAUUUUAUUCCGAGAUCAGCUGGCUUCUUACCUUCCUCCUUGAUAGCUUGCGAACACCCGCAGAUGUUGCUUUAUUCCACAGACGGAAAGUGCCUGAGAGACUAUUCGCUCUAACAUGUAACCCAUUCAUGGGCCCUAAUCUGAAGACGCAGAUACUACGUAUUGUAUAUAGGAUGACGACCAUUGAGGGAGGAAGCGAUACCUUGAUUACGAGAUUUGGGACACUCAGUUGGUUAGUGGCGCUGAGAGAUGCUACUACAGAUUCGAUUGAGCGGGGUGUGUAUCAAGCAUUACUCCGAAGGCUAUGGGAGACUUGUGAUCAGAAACGUAUUUCGGCCUGGAGUAAAGGAGGCAUUCAAAAGCUUGUAGAAUAGCAAUGGGCCUGUACGUAUCAUACCAAACCAUAAUAUGAAGAGCACAAAAUUUCUUCCA